GAGCGGGAUGCGGCUCGGGCUCGGGCUCGGGGCCUAGGCUGUGGACGCGACGGGGCGACGGCUGGCACCACCGAGGAAGGCAAGGGAGGGAGUGAUCGGGGCAGGGGUGCCGCCCCUCGCCCCAGCGAGGCGGGCCUGAGGAGCCGUAACCGCUUCGCGGGCCUUGCGGCAUGAGCGCUUCGCCGAGGGCCCGGUGCCCGGAUGCCUCCAGGGCGCGGCUGGGAAAGUUCAAGGGGCGUUUCCCGGCCGAGAGGCGCGGAGCGGCGGGGUGGCUGCUGCUGGAGCGGGGCAGUAGUGGCGGCACGGGGUCGCUUCCUGCCCGUUGUGCUCCUCUGUCGGCGGCCAGCUUUCCCCGUGGCGGCUGACCUGCCGUACCGAUCCGAGGCAGCGGUGCGGGGGAGGCCGAGGCGGCCGAUGUGGCUCCUUGUGGGGCCUGUGCUCGGUGAGGCGAGCUGGGCGGCUGCCCGACGUGGGGCGGCGUGGCUGUGUGUUCCGUAGGGCCCCGGGAGCUCCUCUCUGCGUCGUCUCGGCGGGUCACGGGCUUCUGGGGCUGCUGAAGGGCGGUGGUAUGGGAGGCGGAGAGGGUCGGUGGCACAGGGAGCAGCGCGGCUGAGGCAUGUUCUGUAGACCUGUAUCCACUGGGACGGGAACGCGCUGCUGGCAUCUGGAUUUGGUCAAGAUCAGGUGGUGCCUUCUGAGGCUGGUAAACUUUAUUGACACAUCCUUGCAACUCUUCUUCAUCAUCUGGUUUUAUUUUCUGGAGUCACGUCGUGGUUCUCGGCGCUGCCUGUUUCACAGACAUCCUGACCUCACACUGCAUUUAGUGCAGAGCACUGGCAGAGUAUGUUUGCCCACUGCUUGCUCACCUGCUCAUCACUUGCUAUCCAGGUGUCCCAGCCCCAUCUGUGCAAGUUUCCUCUACACAAGUGUGUGACCCAAUCACAGUAAAUCCCCAUAUGUGUAUGAAAACCUAAGGAGCAUGCCUUUCCCAGCUGCCCAUAAGGGAUUGUUGUUUCUCGGUCCUUUCAAAACUCUCAGUAGUCUGAAGUGUGAGCUCUCAUAAAUCAGCACAUGACUUAUUUGAUGUUUCUAAAUGCUACUGUAAUGUAAAUCAAUAGCUAUUUCUAGAUAGAUAUUAAUGAUAAAUUACCACCAUUUAAUUGUCACACUAAUGUAUUUACUUUAACUGAAGGUAAGAAUGUACAGACUGUUAUUUCUGUUGGGCUUUUUUAAUAUGUUUUCAGGUAGUCUAAUCCCAGCAAAAAUAUUGGACGUGGGAAUCUGAAGACCUGUGCUUCUCUUAGAAGAGGUGAAGAAGCUAGAAACAGUAAUGUUAAAAGUCUUCAUGGAGGGAUUAAUCUGCAUAUGUGUACUAAUAAUAUGGAAUGAAAGCGGGUUAAUUUGCAGGAAAAUAUGGUGACCACAGGAGUUGCCACUUGGAUUAAACAGAAGAUGAUAAGAUCAAGAGAUGGGGAACCCAGAAAACAUUGGAGAUGUGUAUGUUGCUGUGAUUCGUCCAAAAAAUACUGCUAGCCUGAAUUCUCGGGAAUAUCGAGCUAAAUCCUAUGAGAUUUUGUUGCUUGAAGUUCCCAUUGAAGGCCAAAAGAAGAAAAGAAAGAAAGUUUUGCUGGAAACUAAACUGCAGGGAGGCACGGAGAUCACCCAGAGCAUCUUGGAUUAUGUAUUAGAAACUACCAAACCAAUUUCACCAGCCAAUCAGGGUAUUAAAGGAAAGCGUGUAGUAUUAAUGAAGAAGUUUCCUCUUGAUGGAGAGAAGGCAGGCCAGGAGGCAUCACUUUACAUUGUUCCAACUGUUGUGAAAGAUAACACAAAAUAUGCAUACAGUCCUGGAUGCCCUGUGUUCUACUGUUUACAAGACAUCAUGAGAGUCUGCAGUGAAUCCAGUACCCAUUUUGCUACGCUUACUGCAAGAAUGUUAAUUGCCUUGGAUAAGUGGCUGGAUGAGCGGCAUACCCAGUCUCACUCCAUCCCAGCUUUAUUCAGACCAUCUCCUCUCGAGAGAAUUAAAACAAAUGUAAUAAAUCCUGCCUAUGCUAUAGAACCUGGUCAGACAGAGAGCUCGUUACAUAUGGGUUAUACUGCCCUGGAAAUAAAGAGUAAAAUGCUCGCAUUGGAGAAAGCAGAUAUGUGUAUCUAUAAUCCUUUGUUUGGAUCUGACCUUCAGUAUACCAAUAGGGUUGACAAAGUGGUAAUAAAUCCAUACUUUGGCCUCGGAGCCCCAGACUAUUCAAAGAUUCAGAUUCCUAAAAGAGAAAAGUGGCAACGUAGCAUGAGCAGUGUCACAGAGGACAAGGAACACCAAUGGGUAGAUGAUUUCCCUCUUCACCGCAGUGCUUGCGAGGGCGACUCUGAUUUAUUAAGCCACCUUCUGGAUAAAAAUUUUUCAGUUAAUCAGUUAGACAGUGACCACUGGGCACCUAUCCAUUAUGCAUGCUGGUAUGGAAAAGUUGAAGCCACUCGAAUGCUUUUGGAGAAAGGGAAAUGCAAUCCAAACCUUUUGAAUGGCCAGCUUAGCUCUCCUCUUCAUUUUGCUGCUGGAGGUGGACAUGCUGAAAUAGUACAAAUUCUACUAAAUCACCCAGAAAUUGACAGGCACAUCACUGAUCAACAAGGAAGAUCUCCACUGAAUGUCUGUGAAGAGAACAAGCAAAAUGAGUGGGAAGAAACUGCAAAGCUGCUGAAAGAAGCAGUAAAUAAACCUUAUGAAAAGGCCCGAAUUUAUCGUAUGGAUGGGUCAUAUCGCUCAGUUGAGUUGAAACAUGGAAACAAUACUACUGUACAGCAAAUAAUGGAAGGAAUGCGUUUGUCUCAAGAAACUCAGCAGUACUUCACGAUCUGGAUCUGUUCUGAGAACCUUAGCCUCCAACUAAAGCCAUAUCACAAGCCUUUGCAGCAUAUUCGAGAUUGGCCUGAAAUUUUCACUGAACUGACAAACUUGGAUCCUCAAAGGGAAACUUCACAGCUUUUCCUGAGAAGAGAUGUGAGACUUCCACUGGAAAUAGAAAAAAAGAUUGAGGAUCCAUUGGCUAUUCUUAUCCUUUUUGAUGAAGCCAGAUAUAAUUUACUGAAAGGUUUCUAUACAUCACCUGAUGCCAAGCUGAUCACUCUGGCAAGUCUGCUUCUACAAAUAGUCUAUGGAAGUUAUGAGAGCAAGAAACAUAAACAGGGGUUUCUAAAUGAAGAAAACCUUAAAUCUAUAGUACCAGUUACUAAACUAAAAAGUAAAGCUCCUCAUUGGACAAACAGGAUACUUCAUGAAUACAAGAACCUCAGCACCAGUGAAGGCAUCAGUAAAGAGAUGCAUCAUCUUCAGCGCAUGUUUUUGCAGAACUGUUGGGAAAUCCCUACUUACGGGGCAGCAUUUUUCACAGGACAGAUAUUCACCAAAGCAAGUUCCAGUAGCCAUAAAGUCAUCAAAGUGUAUGUAGGAGUAAAUGUAAAAGGGCUGCACCUCCUCAACAUGGAAACAAAGGCUUUACUCCUCAGCCUAAAGUAUGGUUGCUUUAUGUGGCAGCUGGGAGAUGGAGAUGCAUGUUUUCAAAUCCACAGUCUGGAAAACAAAAUGAGCUUUAUUGUGCACACCAAACAGGCAGGUCUCGUUGUGAAACUUCUGAUGAAAUUAAAUGGACAGUUGAUGCCAAGUGAAAGAAAUGAAUGAUGGAAACGAACAAUAGUUAUAAAACAACAUCUGAUGGCCAAGCAAAAACCAACUUAUUUCUUAUGGUAACGGAAGACUUCCACAUACAUGAACUUUACACAGUAGAAAAGUCAAUUUGUACAGUUUUUUAACUUUGUACAGAAGCUGCAUGGUUUAUUUUUUUAAAAAAGUAUACAUAUCUAUUAUUUUUAUAAAUAUUUUUGUGUCUCAUAUAUAAGCUAUUGUAGGGCUUGAGCUUAACCAAUAAAGCUAAUGAAAUGUAAAUGGUUUACCAAGUCAGAAGAGCAUGAGUCAAGUAAGGCUUUUCUUCCCAGAGAUGAUGGGACUCCCAGUGCCAUUAAACAGGUCUCAGUUAACCAGUUUACCUUUUGUGUUGUUCUGUGGAACAUCAAGGAGUUGUGUAUGUUACAGUAUUUUGUAGACAUGCUUUAUUUUUAGGAUACUCUUGAUAAGUAUGCUUAAAAGACUAGUUAGACCUUUGAGCAACUACUUUUGAUAAACUCAUGGUUUUUUAUGUGGUUUCUGACAAAAAUUAUAGCUGUCUUUAUUUUUACUUUUUAACUUUCUCAUACUUUGUAUUCAUAUUUAUUCUAAAAUAUUGCAUGAGGGUGUCAAAGGGAAACACUUUAUAUCAUUCAGAAGCCAUAUUAAAUGUUUAACAUGCUUGGUUUUUUAAAAAAAUAGGAUUUUUAUUUUGCUGUGCAAUACAAAAUAUGUGUAUGGGGGAGAGGGAGAUACAGAUUUACAAAUGAAUCUUACUCAGAGGAUUUCAGAAAGUUUAAUAAAUCUUACCCUGGGUUGCAACACAUAUGUAGUGAUGAACAUUGAUGUAGGAGGUACUAAGUUAUUUAUGUUAAACUAAUUUUCCAACUGAUUACUUCAGUUUCUUGAAGCUACAAGCAGUACAGGAUGCAGAAAUGAAGAUUUACAUUGUAAGGAAGUCAGAUACAGUUUGUAAGCAUUCUACCUGCUUUUUGCAGUCAGGAUUGGGUCUCAACAACUUGGGACCUAAGUAUAAGGUGAGAUCUUCUGCAACCUGAGAUGUAUCCUUGUACAUUAAAAUAGUAUCCAUAAAACAAAUCUUUCAAAGUUCUAGUUGUAUUUCAGGGUUUCAAGUGCACUUGACUAUUUCUUCCAUGUAAACUGCAUGCUGAAACAGUGUGCAAUAUUUUGUAAAGAAGGUUUUUUAAAAAAAAUUAAAAUUAGCACUUGCCUCUAAGUUUUCAAAUAAAAGUUAAAGAGAAUGUUAGGAACUGUGCUGUUGUGUAUUAACUUCACUCAUACCUUACUACUAGUAAGUGCAGUUUAAGAAAGUAGUAAGCAGUUUAAAGUGAACAGGAGACUUAUAUUUUGUAAUCUUCUUAGCAAGCUAUACUUUUCUACUUAAACUUCACUGGCAUAAAUAACAAUCUUCGUGGAUUGUUGUAUUUUAUUUAAGGUAAAUAAUGCAAAAGUCAGAUCCUUUAUAGUGCAUCCUUGCUAUCACUUGGCACUGCUAUGAGAAAUACACUUCUCUACAUAGCACUGUGCUAGAAAACUAGAGGGAAAGUGUUGAAACGUGUGUCAGUUGCGUAUUUAACAAUAGUCUUAAUAUGCCUUAUUGCUCUAUAGUUCUUUAUGCUAAAUUCUUAUUUAU